AUGAUUUCUUCAUCAACAAUCUCUACUGAACGUAAAUGUGAUUUACAUACGGCCGCAAUUAACUGUAUUAUUCAGGAUGGUCUUCCAUUCGAUACAUUUCAACGUCCCGGUAUGUCAAAAUUUUUAUCCACGGCUAUUCCAGGCUACAAGGGGCCUCAUCGAAAAACAGUACAUUUAUGGAAAAGUCCACGACGUAUUCAUUUUAUUAGUCUUACAGCACAUGUUUUUAACAAAAAUUAUGAAAGUAUACCAAUUGUACUUGGCUUUCGUCGAAUAAUUGGCCCUCACACAGCAGGAUCAAUUGAACGCUAUAUAAAGUAUGAACUCAAUCGGCUUAAUAUCAAAAAAGAACAAAUAAUUAGUAUAACGACCGAUAAUGGUAGUAACAUAAAGAAGGCAGCAUCAUCACUCAAGUUUGGUGAUCCAAUUAGCUGUAUGGCACAUAAUCUGAAUACGGUCAUCAAAAAAGAUCUUUAUCUUUGGAUUGAACCAAAACCAGAUGAGUAA